AUGGAAUAUUUCAGAAUUACGCCGUCGAAUCGCCCUAAUCGCGGAACAAUCCAGAAUAAUUUGCAGAGAAGACUGCAAGCACUAUUGGAAAGUCUCCGCCCUCAAUAUGCGACAUAUGGGAAUAGAAUCCGUGAAUUGCAAGAGGAACUCAGUACUCUUUCAGCCGGCGGAGGUCGAAUGCAAGUCAUACGUGACAACCUGGCUGAAGAGAUUUGCGCGGAAAUUAACGUUUUGAGUCGUCAGCAGCAAAGUUUAGCUACGAGUAUAGAUACUGUAGUAGGAUGGUGCGCAGAACUUCAAGGCACAGGACAAGCAUAG